AUGGGCGGCCCUUCCCCUUUCAGAGUACCCAUAAUUAACUCCGGAAACAGGAAGAACUGGUAUCCCACGAUGGACGGUGAAUGCAAUGGCCGCAACAUCCAGACAGUACUGUCAUACGCCGUAGCUGUGGUGUCCAUCUCAACAGACUGGAUCUUUGCGACUCUCCCCAUCUUCCUCCUCUGGGACGUCCAACUCGACUGGCGCGUUAAGAUCUCUGUAAUGUCCAUGCUCGGCCUGGGAAUCUUCGCAUCCAUCGCCCCCAUCGUCCGCCUCAAGUUCCUCAUCGGCCUGAACGACCCAACCCGACUUCUCCAGAACCUCGGCGAAAUCCUCGCUUGGGCCUGCGCAGAAAUGAACGUCGGCAUGUUCGUCGCCAACCUACCCGCCUGCCGCCCUCUCCUCACAAACUUCAUCUCGCACUUCUCAUCCUGGUCAGGAAGCCACUCCAACCCUUCCGGCGGCUACUCGAAGAAGCAAAACCCUCGGGGUUCCAUCCGCGCCGGUCCAGGAUCAAAGCAAUGGAUGGAGCUCAACGAGCGGCCGGAGAACCACUCGAAUUCGGGUAGCAAGCCCAAGAGCGUGGGUGUGGAAACAAAAAUCUAUGGCGAUUUGGAUGAGUACAGUAACACGAGCCUGGAACAUGUUGAUGGGGAUCAGAAGCGUGGUGGACAGCGGCCGAGUGGUGAUGGCUUGCAGGUCAGUGUGCAAAAGGACUUCAGAGUGGAGAUUAGUGACAGGAAGCAGUUGACGGCGUUGCCUAGGGUGCCGUUGGAAACUGUUUGA